CUAUUUUUAAAACCCUCAAGCAACAAGGUCAUCUGUUGAAAAACAAUAUGUGUAACCAUAGCAAUUGAGAUGUCAAAAUGAUGCUCUAGUUAUCGCCUAUAACACUCUUGUGUUGCCAAGUAGCUCAAGGAAAACGUUUGCUGGAAAAUCAUCGACAAAAAUGAUAUUGGAGCAGUUAAUACACUCUUGGGUCCUGCCUUUAUGUUCUUGGAUAGCUGAUUGUUGUGUUUGUUGUAAAAGUGAUAAUGAAAAUACGAACACCACAUCAUACUCCAAUAUAGGGAAUGCUACAUUGGAUUCUAACGAUGAAAACACCACAUCAAAUUGCAAUGACGAAACCGCAUCAUCAAAAUUUAAAAAAUGUCUAAUCUUAUUCGGCACAUCUGUUGAAGCAACUAGUUGUUUACUUGCCUUUGCCGUCUUAAUCACUGUGAUUUGUGGACAAAUUGUGUAUUUGGACCAGCUUACAACCGACCGAUGUGCAGGUACUGAACACCUUUUAACCAAUUAUUCCGCACCAACUUCUGUUCUUUCAGCACGAGCAGCAGGAGAAUCAUUCGAAGUAUUCUUCCUUAAUUUAUGGUUUCCUUUCACUAUGGUGUUGCUGUUGGGUUGGAAAAAAGCUAAAAACAUUCACAUAAGCAAUCUUGUUAUUUGUUUUAUGACGGGUAUUAUUGCUGUGAUUUACAAGGUAUGCUUGUACAUAAUCUUUGACGGUGAUAUUACUGGAUGGUGGAAAAGAUCAAUUUCAACUGGUAUAAUGUUAAUUGGCAUCAUCAUUAGUAUUUGUCGUAUUGCAUCAUAUCAGGCACCGUCAGAAGUUAAUACAACUCGGAUAAAAAUGUUGUUAACAAUUGGACUGAUUUUCUGUUUUGCUGCACUGUUCGCUAAUGUUUAUCGAUUAGUUCUCGUUCCCUGGUUUAAUAAUCAGUCAAGUGACUUUUUAAAGAUCUUGGUCGCUGCCAUGGCUUCUUUAAUAGCAACUAUUCCAGUAGCCAUAAGUAACUACAUAGUGCUUGUUCCUCUUAAAAAUAUCAUCGACGUUUCACGAUCAUAUAUUUUGGCGUAUUUUAAUCACGUGAUACCCAUUGCUCUUUAUCGUGUCAUGCAAUCUGAUGUAAAACAUUUUGGGUAUUUUAUACUGUUUUCUUUUUUACAAGGACUUAUCGAUAAUGUUACAAAGCUGACACGCAACUGUCGCAGCUAUUUGUUCAAAAGGCUUAUAAAAUGUUUGAAUAUAACACCCGUACCAUAUUGUGAAAAACAUAACAGACGAUUAGAAGCUCACAUCUACAUUCAGGAAGUCCUAUUUCAAUUUGAAAUGCUGAUCCUUGCUCAGUUAUAUACGAUCUUUUAUCGCAUGGACACGUUUCAGUCAUAUUCUUUUGAUGGAUCAAGUUUGCUUCGAUUAUUUGUUGGUCUUUUAAUGGAGUUUAUAUUUGCUUGUCUUUCAACAAGAAAUCUGAUUUGGCAAGAAGGCACCAAGAUCAAGCUUAUUUUGAAAAAACACUGGAUUUGCCAUGUGCUUGCAAAUGGUUUGGUAACGAUGACAACAGUUUUGUACUUCUCUCCCGUCAUCAUUAACAUAUAUAAAUUUCGUUUUGCAACAGCCGAUGACGUGAAAGAUUUGCAACAUUGCAAUUAGGAGUUCAUAUAAAACGAUAUUCUAAACACGUCAACAUUUUUACAAAAUAAAUUUCAUUAAAAUUUCUCUAAUUGAUAUAUUUGAACUGCACAAACAAUAAUUAUAAUCCAUAAAACUUUCGAGUUCAGUUGAGUCCAGUUCUGGACUAUCCUUACUUUCUUUUGUCCCAUCAGACAUUUAGAUUAAACAACCAAAAUGUAAGGAUAGUCCAGACAAACAUUGGGAACGUCAUGUGUUAUCAGAUUCCUUUGAUUUUGAUGACCCUAAUUGUAUUUCUCUCCUGUCAUUCUCACAAAAAUGAGUCAUAUUUUGUAAAUAAAUUGCACAUUUCACCUAACUGUAUCAGUAUAUAUAUAAACUGAUCUUUUAUGCUUUAACAUACCGGUGACAUAUUCUUGUUUCAGUUUAAUCAUUUCUUCAAAUAAAUAUUUAGAUAUAGAUAAUACGAAUGCAUCCAUCAGCAUAUUAGAAAUUCUCUUGCACUCUCUUGCACUGCAAACUUUAAUAUCAAAAACAUUAAAUGUGAUUUAUGUCAAUAAAAAGUCAUGCAGCUGUUAUGCUUUGUAAA